AUGUCUCAAACGAUAGUUGGAAAGAUUGCAUCUGUGUCGUUACAGAACUUUGUGACGUACGAUUCGGUUGUGCUCUAUCCGGAUGAAUAUCUCAACAUAAUACUCGGACCAAACGGGACCGGAAAAUCAGCUAUCGUUGCCGGUAUCGUGCUCGGAAUGGGAGGCACCUGCAAGCUUCUUUCCAGAUGCGAAAAUAUCGAUAGCUACAUCAAGAACGGGAAGGACAGCGCCACUAUUCGCAUUUCGAUCUACCAUGAUAACCAGCGAACCGUUCAAUGGUUUACCCGAAAGUUCGACCAUAACCGCACCAACACGUUCCAAAUCGAUAACGAGACGGUUUCGCAGCAAGCCUAUUUGCAGCAGAUCCGUACGUACAACAUUCAGGUUGAAAAUCUGUGCCAGUUCCUGCCGCAGGACCGCGUGCAAGACUUCACGAAGAUGAACCCACGUGAGCUGCUGUUAAACACACAAGCGUCAGUUUGCACGGCAGAAGUGCAGAGGUGGUAUGAGGAGCUGAAGGAACUGUACUCUUCCCAGCAGAAAAGCAAAACCCUGGUUCAAGAAAAUGCAAUCCGAAUACUAGAUCUAGAGGCGAGGUUGGCGAAUCUAGGGCUGCAGCUGGAAUCGAUGCGCGUACGGAGGGAAUUUGAGGUGAAAAUGAGGGUGUGUCAGGCGCGUAAAGCAUGGCUGGAAUAUGAGGAGUUGUUCGUGCAGUACACGGGCAUAGUCAGUGAUCAUAAACUGGCCAAAAAGUCAGCGGUGGACAAAGAGCAACAGUACAAUGAAUGCAAGGACGAAAUGUCAGCGAUCUUAGCGAAAAAGAAUGAACUGGAGCAGUCCAAAGCGAAACAGGUCGCGAUAGCGCAGCGUAGCACAGACGAGAUUAACGGGCUGGAGGAGAAAACCGAACGGCUGGAAGAUUCAAUCGUGAGACAGAAGCGCGAGUUGUUGGAUGCAUUAUCAAAGGCAGAAGAAAGGCAUAUGGAGCUGGAAGAGGCUAAGGUCAUGUUGGCUGCGUUCGUACAAGACUGCGCAGAUGCGGCCACGUUGCUUGGUUCCGAGGAUCAGGUUAAGCGGCAAAUCGCCAGCACCGAUAUGGCUGAAUCGAAAAUUCGCGCUGAAAACGACUUACUAAUGGGCCGGCGGCAAGAGUUGAACCAGAAGAUCGACACCGAUCUGAAGCCGGAAAUGAUGAGCAUCCAGCGAAGCAUCGAAACAAUCGAGAACGUAGCGAACAACCGGUUGAAGAUAUUGCAGACAAGGUUCGAGGGCACGUACAGAGCGGUGAUGUGGCUGCGUGAGAAUCAACAUCUGUUCCAAGGCAAAAUCUACGAACCGAUGAUCUUAGAGCUGAAUGUGCCUGUGUUGGAAAACGUUCCAUAUCUGGAAAACACGAUCGGUGUGCGAGAUUUGAUUGCGUUCACGUGCGAGCAUACGGAGGACAUGAAUCUGUUUCUGCGCAAAAUUCGCGAAGAGAUGCGCAUCGAGGGAGUGAAUGCGAUCCAAAGCGAUCCGGCGGACCAGUUGCACUACCAACCGCGAUAUCCGAUCGCCGUUCUGCAGAGGUUCGGCUUCCACAAAUACCUGAUCGAAAUGGUAGAGGGACCAUUCCCAGUGCUAAACGGGUUGUGCAAGCUGUACGGGCUUCACAACAUCCCCGUCGGUAAACCGGAGUCAGCGAAGUACGUCACUUCGCUGCCAGACGAGAUCGGUGUGUUCUUCACGCCCACCAACCGCUUCCAGGUAUCGAAAUCCCGCUACACCGGAGAAAAAUCUACUCGGAGUGAUGCGCUACGUACAAUGAAUCUGUUGAAUCGCUCCACCGAUCAUGCUCUGCUGGCUGAGAAGCGACAGCAGCACCAGCGGCUGGUGCGCGAGUGUGACAAAAUCCGCAACCAACGCGGCCAGAUCGAGAACCACAUCAAGGAUCUGCAGGAUCGGUGUGCCAAGGUGCGGGAAGAGAAACGAGACCUGCAGGAGCAGCUGUCGAAGUAUCAGCAGACGAAGAUGAAAGUCCAGCGGCAGCAGCAGAAGUGCACUGAGCUGACGCAGCGGCUCAUCAACGUGGACGAAGAACGGAUCAAGUUUGAGGAGUCUUGCCAAGCCAUCAUCAAGCAGAUUCUGGACGGGCAGCGGCGAAAGGUCGAGGCGCUGGAGCAGUACGCAGCAGCCAGCCGAGAGCACGAUCUGGUCGAGCAGAGGUUGCGCAUCUUCGAGGAGCAAAAUAACGAACGGGAGGCUAACUUCCGCUCCAUCGAGGACGCUCACCUGUCGGCUAAGCGGACGUUCGCUAACGUGGAAAAGAAGCUGGCAGACGUGAAGGAAAAAACGAACAAGAAAAAUGGCGAGGCUCGCUCGCUCACGCGGAACAAAACGCCUGACAAGCCAGACUUUCCAUACCGCGAGCAGUUUGCUACGUUACCGGACACGAUUGAGCAGGUGGAGUCGCAUCUAGAGGACUUGCGCGUUCGAUUCGAAUGUUUGCCCGAGGAGAACGAGUCAGCAUACGAGGAACAUGCUCAAAAACAACGCCAGCUGGAGAAAUUACGCUCGGGUAGCGCCAGCGGUGAGCAGAGCGUAGCCUCGCUCGAAAGUCGCAUGGUCGAGCUGCACGGACGAUGGUUUCCGGAAAUGCAGCGCGUCGUGCAGAAGAUAAAUGGCAAGUUUUCGCACUUCAUGAGCUCGAUGGGUUUCGCCGGGGAGGUGGAGCUGAUAUGGCAGGACGAGCGUAAUUACGAUCAGUACGGCAUUCGGAUAUUCGUGAAGUACCGGAACGAGGAGAAGCUGAGCGCUCUCGAUCGCAAACUCCAGUCGGGUGGUGAACGAGCGGUCGCGAUCGCCAUCUAUACACUCUCGCUGCAGCACAUGACUCAGGUGCCGUUCCGAUGCGUGGACGAAAUCAACCAGGGUAUGGACCCUACCAACGAACGCAAGGUGUUCAACAUGCUCGUGGACGAGACGUGCCGCGAGGGCCAAUCGCAAUACUUUUUCGUUACACCGAAGCUGCUACCGCGGCUCAAGUACAACGAUAAGAUGAACGUUAUCGUGGUUCACAACGGGAAGUUUAUCGAGAAUCCGGACGUCUUUAUACCACCCAACCAGCGGGGAUGAGUGUAAAAGGACAAAGCACUGCUGGAGCUGGCACAAGUAGAACGUGUAUCACAUUACAAUGUUUUAGAUGUUCGAUUGGGUUUUAGCUACCUUGACAUAUCGUGUAAAAAAUCUAUUUUAAGUUAUA